GCGCCGCAUGAGGGAAUGGGCGGGUGGCGUGGCUGCUUAGGGCAGCGGGUGGCGUUGGCGGCUCUGCGGCUGACGGGCUUCCCGCUGUUCCCCCUCGGUAAAGGCCGCUGCGCCAUCCCCUUCUGCCCUCUGCCUGGGAUCUCUCAACCCGUCUCCCCCUGCCGGCGCGGCCACUCCACCGCCGCCUUCCUCAAGCGGGCGCCGCCUCGUUUCCUCUUGAGCGCCGGCGGGGCGGAGCUCUUUCCUUUCACGCCGUCCUCGGCCCUGAGCGGUCGCUUCACCCACCACCACAGCGGCGAAGAGUCCCAGGAAAUGCCCGCAGCCCCUCGGCCCGACUGCCAGAGCGAGGACGAGUUCGAGCCUGAGAGCCUCAUGGAGGCCGAGACCGCGGUGGAGAGCAGCAGCGGAAGGAGGCGCAAGAAGGUUAAAAAAGAGAAAUCUAAAAAGCACAAACCAAAAAAGGAAAAAUCCCAGCAAGAUGAGAAUGAGCUUUCAGACACAGAAUUGGAGCCUCCCAAGCCAAAAAAGAUUAAGAAAAAGAAAGGAGCGGAUGGUGAUACUGAAGCAGUCAUUGCAGAAUAUGAGACACAAACCCCUGUAACUAAUGGGAUUGCCCAUUCAAAAAAUGAAAGUAAAUCUGGGGAUGGAUCAAGUACAGAGUGCGACAGUGACCAGGAUCAGGAAUUGACUGCAGAGCAAAAGGAAGGAGACUUUGCCAAUUUUAAUCUCUCUAAAGGAAUUAUUGACCUUCUCAAAGCUCGAGGAGUUAACUACCUUUUUCCUGUCCAAGUGAAGACUUUCAAGCCCAUAAAUGAUGGCAAAGAUGUGAUAGCACAGGCUCGAACUGGAACUGGCAAAACAUUCUCUUUUGCCAUUCCUUUAAUCGAAAAACUUCAGGGGGAUCCCCAGGAAAGAAAGCGAGGCCGCACACCAAAGGUGUUAGUACUUGCUCCAACCAGAGAAUUGGCAAUGCAGGUAGCCAGAGACUUCAAAGACAUCACAAAGAAACUCACUGUGGCUUGCUUCUAUGGAGGAACAGCAUACAAUGGACAAUUUGAUUUAAUUCGGAAUGGCAUUGAUAUCCUGGUUGGGACUCCAGGCCGAAUCAAAGAUCACCUUCAAAAUGGCAAACUGGAUAUAUCCAGUCUAAAGCAUGUUGUCCUGGAUGAGGUUGACCAGAUGUUGGACAUGGGCUUUGCUGAGCAAGUAGAGGAAAUCUUAGCAUAUGCAUAUAAGAAAGAUUCUGAAGACAAUCCGCAGACAUUACUUUUUUCUGCAACUUGCCCACAUUGGGUUUACGACGUAGCAAAGAAGUAUAUGAAAUCCAGAUAUGAGCAAAUCGAUCUUAUUGGGAAGAAGACUAAAAAGACUGCUAUGACCGUAGAACAUUUGGCUAUUGAGUGUCACUGGUCCCAAAGAGCAGCGGUCAUUGGAGAUGUUAUUCAGGUCUACAGUGGUAGUCAUGGACGGACUAUCAUCUUUUGUGAGACAAAAAAGGACGCAACUGAACUGGCUCUGAAUGCCUCAAUAAAACAGGAUGCACAAUCUUUACAUGGUGACAUUCCACAGAAGCAAAGAGAAGUCACACUAAAAGGCUUUCGAAGUGGAUUAUUUGGAGUUCUAGUGGCAACUAAUGUAGCUGCUCGUGGUUUAGAUAUCCCAGAGGUUGAUCUGGUAAUACAGAGUUCACCACCAAAAGAUGUAGAGUCCUAUAUCCAUCGUUCUGGGCGCACAGGCCGAGCUGGACGAACUGGAAUUUGUAUCUGUUUCUAUCAGCGCAAGGAAGAUUUUCAACUAAGACAAGUAGAACAAAAAGCGGGGAUUAUGUUUAAACGUGUAGGUGUUCCUACAGCAACAGAUAUAAUAAAAGCCUCCAGUAAAGAUGCAAUCAGGUUUUUGGAUUCUGUUCCUCCUUCUGCUAUUGACUACUUCAGACAGUCUGCUGAGAGGCUGAUAGAGGAAAAAGGGGCAGUGGAAGCACUGGCUGCAGCAUUGGCUCACAUUUCAGGAGCUACCUCCAUUGAACAACGUUCCUUACUCAAUUCUGAUGUGGGUUACGUGACCAUGACAUUUCAGUGCUCAGUGGAGAUGCACAGCAUUGGCUACGCUUGGCGGGGUUUGAAAGAACAGCUGGGUGAUGACAUUGACAGCAAAGUGAGCAGAAUGCGUUUUCUCAAGGGCAAGACGGGUGUGUGCUUUGAUAUUCCUGCAGCUGAACUGAGUAAAAUCCAGCAAAUGUGGAAAGACUCAAGACGCUGGCAGCUUUCUGUGGCAACAGCAUUGCCGGAGCUUGAAGAAACACCACGUGAGAGUGGCCGAGGUGGUGGUUCGGAAUUUAGAAAUGGAAGACGAGGUGGUGGCUUCAACCGACAUGACCGAUUCAGAAACAGGGGCCAAAAACGAAGUUUUGAUCGGGCUUUUUGAUAAUAAUAUCGUACAUGGGACUUAAAUUUUUGGUUUUAUCAGAAGUAAAGUCAGUUACACUUUC